CAUGGCGCUGACAAGGGGCAGAGGAUGCCUGUCAUGCACCACUGUGCUGUGGUAUAUCACUUUCCUGGGCUGUGGAGUCAACUACAUGAUCAGGAGCAACAUCAACAUCGCUAUAGUCUCCAUGGUGAAGAAACAAUCGUCAGACGGGAGUGCAGUGGUCAGCGAAUGCUACCAACCUGAUUUCAACAUAACCAGCAACUACACGCUUAACAAGAGCCUUCCUCACGUCGAGCUAAUCGACGAUGAUGAUGAUGAUCAGAACAGAUUUGACUGGGACGAACAUGAACAAAACGUUGUCAUGGGAGCAUUUUUCUGGCUCUACUGGGCAGCGCAGGUACCUGGAGGAAUGAUGGGUCAAUACUACGGCACAAAGAUAGUAUUUGGCUUCAGCAACCUUAUGAUUUCAUUAACAACGUUAUUAAUACCACUUUUUGCAUCACUUGACUACAGAGCUCUGGUGGCCCUCAGGGUUUUCCAGGGAAUUUGUGGGGGCUUCUGUUGGCCAUCCCUCAGCUACAUGAUCUCAAGAUGGAUACCUACCAAUGAAAGGGGGAAAUUUAUGAGUGCGUUCAUGGGUAGUUCUUUGGGUGCUGCAUUAACCUUUCCUCUCUGUGGGAUGAUCAUUCAUUUUUUCAACUGGCAGACAGUGUUUUAUGUCACUGGUACAAUCGGAAUAUUAUGGUUCAUUAGCUGGUGGUGGCUUGUGUAUGACAACCCAGCAGAACAUCCUACAAUUAGUGAAUCAGAACUGAAACGCAUCCAAAAUGCUAUUGGAGACAGUGUUUCUGAAAAGAAGCUUCCAAUUCCAUGGUUCAAAAUUCUUACAAAUUACCCAAUGAUUGUGAAUAAUUUACUUCAGUGGGGAUGUAUAUGGGGAAUGUUCACUAUUCUAACACAAGCACCUACGUAUUUCCGAAAUGUUCAUGGAUGGAGUGUGCAGAAGGUUGGCUUUUUCUCUGGUCUUCCUCAUGUUUGUCGAAUGAUUCUGGCCAUCUCAGUUGGUUACCUGUGUGACCACUUACAGUCAAGUGGAAAACUGUCAGUUACUAAUGUUCGAAAGUUGGCCGGCUUCAUAAUGAACAUUGUGCAAGGUAUAUUCACACUGGGGCUAGCAUUCUGUGGCUGCAAUUCAGUUAUGGCCACUAUUUGUCUCACAGCAGCUCUGGCUUCGAGUGGAGCUGAAUCAUCUGGAGCUUUAGCUACAUACAUUGACCUAAGUCCCAAUUUCGCCAGUAUACUCAUGGGCAUUGGUAACAUGAUCUGUGUGACUCCAGGGUUUAUGUCUGCUGCAGUUGUUGGUGCUUUGACAUACAAAAAUCAAUCAUCUGAACAGUGGAAGAAAGUUUACCUUAUAUCAGCAGGCCUCCUUUUAGUUCCUGGCUUGCUGCACCUCUUCAAAUCAUCAGCUGAAGUACAAGAGUGGAAUUUCCCAAAAUCUAUGGUGAAAGAAAUGAAGGAUAGUGUCUCAGAGAAGGAUGUGGAAGCUCAGCAACGACUCACAUCAGAACACAAAACUGAAGAUCAGUGGGAUAAAGAAAAGAAACAAAACCACAGACUGUGAAAAAGUGUAACAUAGGCAAACCCAGAAAUGAGACUUUGUGGAAGAGUGAUUUUUAUACAAAUGCACCUAAAAAUUUUAACAAUUCCAUUUUAUACUGAGCCACUUUUUGGAA